AUGAGGAGACCUGGAUUUUUUUCGAUAUUGCAGAGACACCCUUUCAUGGUAGCAGACUCAGAAUCAGAUGACCACGACUUCCAGUUGCGUAUUCAACCUAGGGCAGGUUUCACAAGUCGACUCCUCACACAAACUCUUUAUAGAACCGGGGAGCUUAGUGCAUUUAUAGAAGGGCCCUACGGACGGGGAUUUGACCUUCGAGACUUUGGUACAGUAGUCCUGUUCGCCAGUGGAAUUGGAAUCGUUGGCCAUCUUGCGUGUGUUCAAAAGCUUAUACGCGACCACCGACAAUCAAAAACCAAGACAAGGGAUCUCCUUCUAGUGUGGCACGUAGAUAAUAAGUAUCAGCUGGACUUGGUGUGGGAGGUCAUGAACACCAUACUGAGAAAAGACGACCUUCCAGACGCUACAACAUACAAAGAUACUGGCGUUGCGUCAAGGAGCGGAAAGAUAGGGCGAUACCUGGGCGGUAGUAUUGCUAAAGAAAGCCCAGGAAUCAUAGAUGUUUAUAUCUACGGCGACUACGAUAUUCUAAAUGAGGCCGGAAAUACAGUAUCAUACAGGCGGACAGGUAGUCGAAUUGCCGAGGUAAAAGGCAGGCCAGAUGUAGGGCAAAUUAUCAACGAUGUUCUAGAGACACGAGUUGGAAGACUCGCGAUCUGUGGUAAGCCUUGUCAUUCACUGGCGCUACACGAAAUAACCUGA